AUGGGGCGUGAAGCAGAGGCAGCGUUUCUGCCCCAGCGGUGCGGGUUUGCCAGGAGUGGAUGCUGCAGGGCUUCGGUGGAAAGAAAGGGCAGCUGGUCCCUGAUGAAAGUCUUUCUGGUUUGUCUGCUGGCCUGUGUAAUCACCACCGUGGUAGGAGUGCUGGUCCUGUCCUUGGUCUACGUAAACAGCCCUGCCUUUAUGAAAGGCACGGACAUUAAAGACGGUGGUGCCUCUUCCCCAAACCCAGGGGAAACGAGCGUGGAUAUCAAAUUCCGGUUCCUGAAUCAUCUGGGGAAAUCAAAGGUACAUAACUACCCAGGUGGUGAAAUUCAGUGGGCAAGAUUCAGGAAGGAUGUCAGUGAAUAUCAAAGUGAUGAAGAAAUGGAAUUUGGAAAAAGUAUCAAUAACCAUCGCUCCAAAAUGACUUUUGGAACCUUGCGGAUCAAAAGCCAAGGGCUUCGGGCUCCCCACUGGCAUUUUAAUGCCAAUGAGCACGGCUACCUGCUACAGGGUUCUGCCUGGAUUGGAGUGAUCGGUGCCGAUGACAGCGUGGUGACCGUGUACAACGUCACGGCUGGUCAAGUGAUCUUCUUCCCUCGGAACACGGUGCAUUGGAUAAAGAAUGUAGGAUCAGAAGACUGUGUGUUCUUGCUCUUUUUCACAACACAUGAAGAACUUCAGACCUUGGACGUAGACGACGCGUUUUUCUCUACCCCAGAGGAUAUAGCAGCUAGAGCACUAAAGCCACAAGGUGGAGUUAACUUCAUCAGGACGUUCAAGAAACAAGAAGAAGAUCAAGCAGUUAACCUCCCGCCAAACUUGGCUGAGCUUGUACAAAAUGCCACCUACGUGCAGUCUCCGGACAACCUCGUGUGGCAGUACUUCUACAACCUCAAAGGGUCAGCGGAAUAUCCUUUCCCAGGAGGAAUCUUCCAGUGGGCUCGCUACCGCAUAAAUGGCACUGGCCUAAAUGAAACUGAAAAAAUCUUCAGUGAGUCGCUGAACAAGCACGAAAAUACCCUUACCUUAGCAACUCUGAGGAUAUUCAGCAACGGGCUGGGGCAGCCUCAUUUCCACUUCAAUGCUAAUGAGAUGGGUUAUGUCAUUAGCGGCUGCGGACAGGUUGGAGUUAUUCUCUCUGGAGACACCGCCAACUUCGACAUAGGCAUUGGAGACGUCAUAUUUUUCCCCGUCGGAACCCAACAUUAUAUCAAGAGCGUGUGUGAUGAGGAUUUGCUUUUGAUUCUCGCCUACAGUACAGGAAACCAGCUGGAAACUCUUCGGAUGAAUGACUACUUCCGUUCAACGGCAGAUCAUAUCCUUGCUCAGCUUUUUUUCAAGAAACAGGAGGAGUUUAAGAAAUUCCCCCAAAAUUAG